CCUUUCUGUCCUCUGUACUCAAUCUCCGGCUCUUUCUUUUCCAGUCGGUUUGGCACUAAAUGUGCUAGCUGCAACGAGGGGAUUCCGCCUUCAGAGGUGGUUCGCAAGGCUCUCAACCACGUUUAUCACCUGACAUGUUUUGCCUGCAUCACCUGCUCUCGGUCCUUAAAUACGGGCGACGAGUUCUUCUUGCUCGGCAACAGAAAGUUGAUGUGCAAAACGGACUUUGAUGCUGCCAAAGCCAGAGAGGCGGAGUUAGACAACGUAAAUAAGCGUCCGCGUACCACUAUUUCAGCCAAACAGCUAGACGCCCUGAAGCGAGCCUACAGCGAAAGUCCGAAACCGGCCCGGCACGUUCGAGAGCAGUUGAGUGCAGAAACUGGACUCGAGAUGAGAGUAGUCCAAGUUUGGUUCCAGAACCGCAGGUUAGUCACUUAA